GGCAAAGUCUUCAUCGCUUGCCCCAAGCCUGCAGGCACCAAGAUUGCAAUUUUCCAGUCGUCAAAUUUUCUUCUCAGUAUUUGGCAUCACUACGAGUACAGAGGGGUCCCAGCCGGGCUCGGUCCCCUGACGCUGUGCUGUUGGGCCGGCCCGUGCCCAGCACCGGUACCUCGACUGCAGAGAGCGGCCAUCAGGUGGUGUGCGAACGCCGGUUCCGGGCGGGACGAAGAUGGCUCCACAGGAAGUGGUGGUGGUUCGGGUGAGUCAAAAGAUGCAAUAGGUGCGGACCUGACUCCGCCAUCCCCGACACCAGCGACAGGGAGCCCGGCACUAGUGAAGAGCAAGACCGGCCUGAAUGCAAGGCGUGUGCCAAGCCCGGUGCUGGGGCACCGCCUGGUGGCGCCGGGAUCCGAAAAAGGAAACCGGAGCUGCUCCCCAGAAGGCGGCCGCCUGCCUGGGCAGACCAGUGCUCCACCGUCACCACAACUUCCGAGCCGCACAGUGGGGGCGGCUUGCCGACUCCGAGUUCAUAGCCCGCGGGGCCAGAAGGAGAAGGCCGCGCAAGUGACCAGGACGUGCAGUGAGGGCGAGGACGCCCUCCACAAACUGCACGGUAGUGCCAGCUUGAUCAAGGAUGCCCUGGAGAGCAAGCAGAAGCUGCAGAAGUAUGCCAAGUCCUGCUUCCAAGCGUCAGACGCCAAUGGCGACGGCCAAGUGAGUUUCGAGGAGCUUUGCAAGUGCAUGCAGAAGAUGAAUGCAGAUCUUGGCAUUGGAGAUUUCACGGAGCGGCACGUGAUGCACUACCUCCAGAGAUUCGACACCGACGGCGACGAGCUGCUCAAUGAGAAAGAGUUCCAAGAGCUCUACAGGGCCCUGCUUCUGGUGAAGCUGGAGGAAGUGGAGCCUGCCGACUUCUCGCGGGAUAUGUUUAUUGGCCGACGGAAGGGCAAGCCGGAGGACAACUACGAGGUCUUCGGCAUCGUGGGGGUCGGCUCUUUCGGAGUGGUCCGGAAAGUCAAGUGCAAGCUGACCGGCACCACUCGCGUGAUGAAGGUGGUCGACAAGCAGAAGGCACUCAAUGGAGGCUAUCCUCUGAAGCUCAUCAUGGAG